AUGCUCUUAGCAAUUGGCGGCAAUGCUCAGUCCGGAGCCCUUCAAGACCCCUUUGGGCCCGAGGACCCCUUUGGACCCGAUGACCCAUUCGGGCCUGACCCUGGCUCCGGCUCUGGCGCAGUGUGUCCAUCCCCGUGGAGCGCAACGCCAAAAGGAAACUCAGUCACCACAACCACGGCCGAUUGUCCUACUGACGAUGGAAAGCUCUACGCAACGUCGAGUGGAGACUACAUGUAUAUCCAAUGCUGCGCGGACAGGAGAAAUGGCCGUCUUCUGGGUGCGGAUACCGUUGCUGACUUUGGUGCAUGCAUGGAUCUCUGCAUGAAAGAUAAAACCGGAGAGUGUCGAAGUGUUACCUUUGCUCCCUCAUCGACAGGGCGCACAGACAGUGUGAACUGUGCCCUCUGGGCGCAUGGAGGUUUCUCGCCGCACCAAAGCUCGGUCAACCUGGGUCAUCACGCCUACUACGUCGAAGCUCCCUAUGUGGACCAACCUGAUGACGAGAUUGAGCUCUGCUCGACCAAGUGCCCGGGAGCACACAAUCAAGUGUUCACAUCGCAAUACGGCGAGUCAUUCCUCAUGACCUGUGGCAAGCGACACGGUACGGCCGGUGUAUCGCAGUACGUAGACUCUUACGAACAGUGCAUUGACACCUGCGGAUUGAUUGGGCAAUGCAAGAGUGUUGACUACCACCAUCGUACCGGACGAUGUACAUUUGGCGAGCACGGUGGUGAGCCCAUGAUUGAAGCCUCCGGAUACGCGAGUGCUUGGUCCAUGGGCUGCUCUGGAGCCUGCAAAGAAUACCCCAAGCCACCCGCGCCGCGCACCGAGAAGUACUGCCCCGACAAGUACCAUGGCGCCUUCUGGUUAAUUGACGGCCAACCAUGGAAGAGCCAAUGCACUCGGGCCGUAUGGACGCAGCCUGUAAAUGAGUACACUCUGGACGCUGGCCCAGUUGAUAUGGAAGAAUGUCUCAAGAAGUGCCAAGAUUCUCCUGGAUGUAUAUGGGGAACUCUUACAUUCGCAUCUGGCAAGUGCGUGGGCUACACGAGGAAGUACGGUACGCUUGACGUCUCCACCGUUGGAAAGAUCACAGACUAUGUAAACUUCGAGAAGCUCCCGUCGACACCGAUACCAUGA